AUGGAGAAAUCAAGGAUUCUCAUUGGGAAAACACCAUUGGUGUAUCUUAACAAAGUGAGUGAAGGAUGUGGUGCUUAUAUUGCUGUUAAACAAGAAAUGAUGCAACCUACUUCUAGUAUCAAAGAUAGACCAGCAUUUGCUAUGAUUAAUGAUGCAGAAAAGAAAGGAUUAAUCACCCAAAAGCAAACAACACUAAUCGAGCCAACGUCAGGGAAUAUAGGAAUAAGUAUGGCAUUUUUGGCUGCCAUGAAAGGCUACAAAAUGAUUUUAACAAUGCCAUCCUACAGAAGCUUGGAGAGGAGGGUAACCAUGAGAGCAUUUGGAGCUGAUUUAGUGAUCACUGAUCCAACUAAAGGAAUGGGAGGAACUAUUAAGAAAGCUUAUGAUCUUUUGGAAUCUACACCUAAUGCUUAUAUGCUUCAAGAAUUCUCCAAUCCAACCAAUACUCAGUAA